AUGCGUGAACAAAGGGUAUGCGAUCCUCUGCUGGCGUCUUCAGGUUCUCCCAAGAUUACGAACAAGCCUCAUGCAUCCAUACCUAUUUCCCCAGAUUUGAGAGAAGUUCAUCGCACAAAUAGUUUCGAGUUAUACCAGGACGAUCCUGUUGAGAAUGAGCGUAGUAAAUGUACUAGUAGUCGUGGCACCAAAAGGAUUUGCGAUAUGUCCUGCAAUCCUAGUGUUUGCCUGAAUAUUCACCAUACUGCAGGUGAAGAAGCACUUUUCAACGAUCAAAAUUCAAGAUCUGCAACACCUAGAGACGCCUUUGGAGAGACGUAUGUAGAGGCGCGUGAUAGAAGGGAUAUUAAGGGCAUCAAAGCCACUGUGGGUGGGUCUCCUCGUAACACUAAAAGUAGUCAACACAGUUCUGAUCUUUUGGGCAGCUCGAAUAGUAUGUUCCGCCGGUAUUCUUCUUCCUCCUCUUCCUCUUGUGAUAGCAUGUGUCAGCGAACCUAUAACGCGAAUCCCCAGUCUAUUUUUUCAUCCUCCUCGGAUGAAAAUGGGGAGGAUAGCAUGUUCAUACCGGAGCCGAUUAUUCAGCUCUCUUCUCGGGUUAAAAAGCCAGUCAUGCCCUACCACACGAUUGAACAGCUCCCGCCAGGCAAACCUGUCUGGGUGGUGGACGAGGAAGAUGUUGAGAUGUUUCUCCCUGCCGCGUGGUGUAAUGCGUAUAAGUUGGUCUGCAACGGCAGACUAGGCGGGAGGGUGGUACGUCAUAGCGGACGCAUGACCAUUGUGCGCUUCCACGAUGACGCCUCCGAUAUGAGCCUAUCCCUCACCCUGCCACGGUCGUGUUUGUCGAUAAAGAACAUUGAGCCGUAUGAAAACUCGCAGUCGGUGGAGAAGGGAGUGUUUAGCUCCUGCUGCUGUAAAACGAGGCAGCGGAUGGCCUGCUCGGACUCGAUGUCGCUUGAGAAUAGCCAUUCCAAGACGCACCAUCAGUUCUACGAAUGUUUGUCGGUGCUGAGAGUGCCAACGGAGCGUCUUGAGGAUCUCGGGGAAGCUCAGGAGUGCUUUCAGCGAGAGGAUUUCGCCACUGCCCUGGAGCUGGUGAACCGGCAGCUUUCCGCACGAACCCCUGGAAUGCCACCGGACGUCGACGCCUUAACGCUGCGCUCUCAGAUUUUAAUUUUUUUAGGUCGUUACGAGGACGCUUUAGUGGAUGCCGUCUGCUGUGCUGAAGUGGAGCCCCGAUGGGUUCGUGGAUAUUUGUGCAUGGCGCGCGCGCACAGCGGUCUGGGCAACUUCAAUGAGGCCGCUGCGGCUCUUCGCAAAGCAUCCGUUUUGUUGCCCAACAGUGCAGAGCUAGAGCGAAUUAAGGACCUUAAUUCUUACAUGAUAAAAGUGCAGAAAUUAAUGCAAAAGGUCAGCAACGGCAAAGUUUUAAUAACUCUAGACUCAAUGUAUUGCAAGCGGAUGAUCGUUCAGUCUCAGUCAAUUUCACAAAAUCGGCUGCUUUGCUGGGAGAAUACGCCGAUUUUGGCGAUGCCUUCACUCUUUGGGAACCGAUUCAGCGGGCGGUGUGAAGUUUGUUUCCGCGACGGAGGCGAAGAGAUGGAUGAUGCAAGUGUGAAUACGUUCACUUCGGUCCAGACAAACUACACCUCCUCUCCUGUAAGCGAGCUGAAGUUCGAAAAUGACGCCGCUGCUACCAAUCAUGGCGAUUCGUUUGAAGCUCUUCCCGCGACUACCUCCAAACCCACUGGGCUAUAUUGUUCUGAGUACUGCCAAAAACGUAGCACGCUCUUCUCGCGUUUGGAGGAGAAGCACAAGGAGGGGCUUCAACACGUUAGGGAAAUGAUUUAUGCUAAGGCUCCUAAUCUGAAGGAUAUGAGCUCAUUAGAGAUGAUGAAUAUGACGACCAGACUUUUCUUUAUGGUCGUUAGCACACAUCGUCGCCUGAUUUCUUACCAUUUGAACUUAUGCAAGCACACAAGCAGCGAUGCUGAUGGUUCAAACCUUCAGAAGUCAAAGGAGUUACUUCAAUCUCAAGGUAUCUCGAAGGUCUCCCCUAUUUUCCUAGAAACCUUUACUGAUAAAGCGCAGGCCGGGAUCGAGAACUUCGUCAGCAACGCGAAUGUCGACUCCGAUGUCGAAUCCCGCGGCGCGACGCGCGGGCCCACCACCAAGGUGAUGCCAAUUGAAAUCGCCCUAAAGGUUUUAGGAGUGUACCCCUUAGUUAAUGAUUAUCUAAGCACCUCCCAGCGCGCAGAGCUCAUCACGCUUUACAAGGCCCUUACUGUAAAAUUUAAGGAGGAAAGCAAAAAAAUAUACACAGAGGUGCUUUUUUACUCCCUGUACAAUUAUAUAAAAUGCUAUUUCACUCCGAUCUACGUCUCUCCCACCUCCGCUGUGGUGUCGCCGACGAUGAUUCAGGUGUUCGGCAAGGAUGGUGACAACACGACGAUGCCGUUUUGCAUCAGUAAUACUUAUUAUGUGUAUUAUCUACCUCUCCUUUUGUCUUGCGCGGUGCGCGAGGAGGACUUGGCGUCCAAGCGAGAUGGCCUCGUGCACCUCCGUUGUCCUUCGUUUCCUUUGCGGUCGCCCGAAUCGUCCUCGGGGGCGAACUCGAAGAUUCGUUUUGUAGAUUGGCGUCGCUCGUUGUUUCAUUCCCCGCGGGCGGGCCCCAAGUGCGGGGCGGUGUCGUCCAAUUUGGUGUCGCUCGCGUCGUCGGUAAGCGGCGAGGAGGGCGCGGAUGGCACUUGGGAUCAGCCCUUUCCCCUGCUCGAGGCGAUCGCGCUGAGGCCGAUUCGUUGUCGGGAGUCUCUGAUAUACUCUUCUAUGCCGCACAUCGGUGGGAUCCACUGA